AACAUAGCCCCUGUAAAACAUUCUAUGGGAGAACGGAAACGGAAAUUGCGACUGCGUACUGCCACAACAACAAUGGAGUCUGAACCAUACCGUUUUGAAUUUGGAACAGAUGAAUGACACAUUUGGAAUGCUUGUGCAUUAAUACUUGUGAAAAUAUUACGGAGGUUCAUCCUGUAUUCUAACUGAAAACUUGUCCAGAACUGAUAUAUCCAUGUUUUACUUAUCUUUCCAGUAACGCAUGAAUUUAACACGGAAGAAAUUCUGACCUCACUGUGUUCAACGUUGUCAAACACUGUUGACUAAUUUGCAAUAAGGAAUGACACUUGGGUGCCAAUUUAUUUGAGAAAACAUCGGAUAGGUUGCUUGUAACUCAUCAUCUCCGAAAGUACGCUUGAUUUGUGGAACAGGUUUAAUUAAAAUCUAGUUGGAUGCAACCCGGAAGUUCUGCCUCUCCUCUGUUUACUUGUGUUUUCUUAGCUAGCCAGUUAGCAUUAGCCAGAACUGCCCAUUUUAUCGAGUCUAAUGCGCUCCACUGCCUCCUUCAUCCCCCCGUGUUAAAAGACACGGCAUUCGACAUUGAUAGGCAUUGUAAUAUUUUGUGUAUGUGAGAGACCCAAACCACGGAUAUACUGCAGAGCUUGCUACAUAUGGAGCCAAGUGUCACUAGUACCAUAGAACAGACAGGGUCUCGAUCUGUUAGACUCGCCUCGCCUACUUUGAUAAUUCCAGCGCGGAGCUCCAUGUGCAGUCCUGGGGUGUCGGCCCGGCCAGUGUUCGGAUUUCCCCUAAAGAGCAACCAAAGUUCCCCGUCCGAGCAGUCGGAUAAGCCAGGCUCUCGAUGGGUACGGCUCAACGUCGGUGGGACCUAUUUUGUGACCACCAAACAGACUCUGUGUAGAGAUCCCAAGUCUUUCCUAUAUCGAUUGUGCCAGGACGGUCCAGAUCUUGACUCGGAUAAGGACGAGACGGGGGCCUACCUGAUCGACAGAGACCCCUCCUACUUUGGCCCCGUCUUGAACUACCUGCGCCAUGGCAAGCUGAUUAUGAACAAGGACCUGGCAGAGGAAGGAGUUCUGGAGGAGGCGGAGUUCUACAACAUCGCUCCUCUUGUACGAUUGGUCAAGGAGAGAAUUCGGGACAACGAGAACAGGACGUCGCAGGGCCCAGUAAAGCACGUGUACAGGGUGCUGCAGUGCCAGGAGGAGGAGCUCACUCAGAUGGUGUCCACCAUGUCUGAUGGCUGGAAGUUCGAGCAGCUCAUCAGCAUUGGCUCGUCCUAUAACUAUGGCAACGAGGACCAGGCGGAAUUCCUGUGCGUAGUGUCCCGGGAGCUGAACAACUCCACCAACGGCCUCGUCAUCGAACCCAGUGAGAAAGCCAAGCAGAUUCUCCAGGAGCGAGGUUCGCGGAUGUGAGACCCGCCUCGCGGACCAAAACCCCUAGAGACGGUUGCCCCGCCACCCCCCCCCCCCC